GUUGGCAAAUCAGUUCCUUGUGAUACAGGUCGACGGGAUAUGCUCUAUUGUCUGGGAUGUAAAAGCAACUGCAAAAAGUGUGAGAGAAAUAGUUUCUACCACACCAAAAAUUCAGAGGCUAAUAAACAUCGUGAACGCGUGUUUCCUCAGAUCCGCGAAAAUGCAAAAAAAAUUCUGAGCGCGCUCAACCACCCUAACCCCAGUACACUUGAUUGCAAGCUAUAUGUUGAGUACCUCCUUGAGUGCCGUAAAGGCGAUUUUAUUUUGGGAGAACAUUAUCACAACACGCAGACCCUCGGCAAGAGUCGAAAGUACGACGGCAGCAGCUCAAAUGACCCCCUCCACCGCAAGCUCCGCUAUCUUUUCUUUGUUAACAGAAAGCGCGCCGACGUCGAACUUGCAAAAUCUGGACCAGAUCCAGUCCUUAUUUUUAGUAACUGGAUCCCAAGCAUGACCUGUCAUCGUGAGUCAAUUCGUGGCAAGGGGCUGCAGGAGAUGCUAAUAGGCGUUAAUACAAUUCCAGCAGUAGAAAAACCUCGCCAAAUUUUAUUACACGACUUGCUCCAGUGCGUAAUGGAAGACUGCCUGUAA